AUGGUUUAACUUCCCCGAAAACCCCUCAAAUAAUCCUUGAAUAUCCCCAUCAUUCUUUAUAACUAAAAACCAAAAAGCAAAACUUUUCAAGAAAUAUUUUAAAAAGUAGCCCCUAUAUAUAUGUGAUGUGAAUAUACAUUCAUGUUAUGUGUCUAUGUGUUAGGAACAAGAAGAUUAAUUACCAGUUCAACAACAAGAAGAAGAAUAGUACUUAGUUUUUUCUUGAAGUUUGUGAGGUUGUAAACUGUGGUUUCCUAAUUGGGUACGUUAGAAGGUGAAGAACUCCAAACACCUCUUUAUCGAAUUAUCUUCUCCUUCUUCAAGUUCUGCAACAAUUGUAGAUUAUACCAAAAUGGAAAAUAUGAGUGCUGAGAAACAGAGGUUAUAUGGAGAAUUUGAAGAAAAGGGGUCUCAGGAAAUUUGUGUUUCUGAUCAUAUAAAUGGAUUGCAGUACACAAGCACAAAAUCAGAUAGCUUUGUUGUGGACAUGGAACGUUUUUCUCAUAUCAUAGAGAAAGAUAUAAAUGCCAAUUCAAGAAUUACUAGGAACCUUUCAAGGAAAGGAUCAUUUCGAAGCGGCGAGAGGAAAACAUAUUCAAAUGCUGCCAAUGAGAAAGACACUAAUUUCACGACAAAUUCCCCUAGAGCUUCAUUGCUAGGAGGAGGUAUUAGCACGCCAGAAAAGCCCAUGGCAUUGGCUAUUGUGGGGACUACUGAUCAACCUACCCCACAAACCCAUAAUCAGAUCACUAUAGUGGCCGGCCAUAGCGGCGCCACCGCCACCGCCACCGAAAGUAAAAUUAGUGGUAGGAGAUUCAGUUUCCGACGCACUUCUUCCGCUUCUAAUUGGUCCAUUGAUCCCAGGAGAAUUCUUCUCUUCUUUGCUACCUUGUCAAGUAUGGGAACAAUGCUAUUGAUCUAUUUUACAUUAUCUAUAGCCAAGCUCAAUGGAGAAGACAGUACUCUUAGUGGAUGAUAGAGACACGAAAAAGAAUGGAAAGAACAAGGCACCGGUUCUAACUAAGAAGCCUGUAUAAUGUAGAAGCAGAACAAGAGACAUAAUUAAUCAUCAUAAUUUGAUUAUGGAUUUUAACAGAGUUUAGUACAAAGAUGGUGGAACAGAGGAAGAAGUAUAAAGGGGGCAGUACUCAGAAAUUAAAGAGCUAAAACUACAGAUAGAACUUCCAUUAUAGCAGAGGUUCAGAAGACAGAAUGUACGUAUCACUUUCAUCAAAGCAGCGUGACAAAGAUUUGCAUUAUUCUACAGCAUUGAGUGCCAGAGAUCGGAAAUUCAUGACUACCUUUUCUUUGUUAGGUUCUCUUUUUGUAACAUUUGGCCGAGUUUAGUGGAGAAUCAAAUGUUUACCUUUUGCUAUCUUGCUCUCCCUUUUUUGUUUCGAGUUUAAGUUCCGUAAACCUUUAGUGUCAAAAAUAUGUAUAUAAUCAUGUCAAUUAUAAGAUAAUAGCAAGUAAAUGUAUACCAUUAGAAAUAA